GACCAUGCGACGUCGCGACGCGUACGCACGUCCAUAUUAUAUUUAGUACAGAAUAACAUACCGUAGAGACGGUCGGGUACUCUCGGUUGUGAAACGACAUGUAUAGAUAAACUAUACCUUCCUUAUCACGAAGCAAAAAGAAACAGACUUAUCUUUCAUACCGUUCACAUGCUUCAGUGACCUCCUAGAUAAAUGAUUGUAAAUCAAACUUGUUCGUGGUAAUGGUGUCAACGCAAUAAAAUAUCAACAAUAAAAUGCUUUUUAUUGCGGUCAUAGUUCUUACUGUGUUUAUUGUGUUACUUCUGAAGAUCUAUCAGAAGUUCACGCACGCAAUAUGUCAUUCGAGUGCUCAUAUGGUGGGGAAAGUCGUGAUAAUAACAGGUGGUAACAGCGGUAUCGGGUACGAAACCGCUAAGAACUUAGCGGAGCGCGGUGCAAGGGUCAUUAUCGCUUGUCGCAGUAUACGUCGAGGUACAGAAGCCAAAGAUGAAAUAAUAAAAGCGACUGGCAAUACAGAAGUUGUUUAUAGACAUUUGGAUUUAGCGUCGCUGCGAUCAGUUCGGGAUUUUUGUGAAAAAAUAUACAAAACUGAGAGCAGGUUGGAUGUCCUCAUUAAUAAUGCCGGCGCAGGCGGCCUCGGUAAUUACAAGACGGAAGAUGGAAAUCACGUAGGAAUGCAAGUGAAUUAUUUCGGACCGUUUCUAUUAACCUGUCUCUUGUUACCUUUGCUGAAAGCUUCAGCUCCUAGUCGAAUCAUUAAUGUGUCAUCUUUUAUACAUAAAUAUGCAGAAAUGGACUUUGAAAAUUUAAAUAUGGAGAAAUAUUGGAGUGAUUACUUGGUGUAUGCGAAUAGUAAGCUAUAUCUUAAUCUUAUGACAUUGGAAUUAAAACGUAGGUUAGAGGGUAGUGGCGUGACUGCAAAUGCGUUGCAUCCUGGUGUGUGUGCAACGAAUCUGUUCAGAAACAUUAAUAGUAAAAUUAUCCGUGCUAUUAUAAAAAUAGGUAUUGAUUUUGUGUACCAAAGCCCUUGGGAAGCAGCCCAGACUUCGAUAUACUUGGCUGUAUCACCCGAAGUUAAAGAUGUGAGUGGUUGCUAUUUCAGUGACUGUCGUAAAAGGAUUCCAUCACGGUUGUCGCAAGAUGCUGAUAUAGCAAAACAAUUGUGGAGCGAAUCCGAAAAAUUAGUUAAUUUUUCAGUAGGUGAUAAGUAAUUAUAUGUGAUAAAAUCCUUAAACUUGUUAAAUUAUUAAAAAUGUAUUGCUCAGAUAAAUUAUAUUGUUAAAUGUUCAUGACAGAUAUUUAUCAUUUGACAAACAGACGUUUUAGUAGA